AUGGGCUCUCAUAUAUUUUUGUAAUCUAGGGUUUUUCAGUGUCUUUUGUGGAUUGUAUUGGGAUUUGACCAUCUGGGUAGCUUUGAUUUUGAUAAAGAUUUGACGUUUCUUUGAUAAAGAUUGGACCUGUUUUUGUGGGUUUGUUUUAGUUUUGAGCUGAUAAGUAUUUUUAAUGGCUCGGUUGAUUCUUCCAUGUAAAGGUUCAAUUGGUAUUUCGAGGACUUGUCUCUUGGGUUUGAUCUCCAAUCCUCCUCUUUACUCCAGGUGCUGUGUUAGCUCUUCUGGGCACUCAUCCCAGAAUAUAUCUAGAUAUAGACGUUAUCUUACUUCAGAGGUACCGAGUCGGAGAAAUUAUAAAUUCCUGUGUCACUCAUUUCCCAGUGAUAGGAGAACUUGUCGCAGAUUGAUUUGUUCUGUAGCAACAGAAUCUCCGCAGCAAGUCGAAGAAACGACCAUGGACAUGCCAAAGGAAAUUUUUCUGAAAGACUACAAGUCACCUGAUUAUUAUUUUGACACUGUGGAUCUUAAAUUCAUACUGGGUGAGGAACAGACAGUUGUCUACUCCAACAUAAGUGUUUAUCCGAGAGUCGAAGGUUCUGUUUCUCCGUUGGUCUUAAACGGUGAUGAUCUCAAGCUGCUCUCAGUGAAGGUCAAUGGCAAGGAGCUGAAGGAGGGCGACUAUCAGACGAAUUCACGGCAUCUGAUUCUCCUGUCGCCUCCAAACAGUAAAUUUGAACUGGGAAUUGUUACUGAGAUAUGCCCAUCGAAGAACACGUCAUUAGAUGGUCUUUACCAGUCAUCAGGAAAUUUCUGCACACAGUGUGAAGCAGAGGGUUUUCGGAAAAUCACAUUCUAUCAGGAUCGCCCCGAUAUCAUGGCUAAAUACACUUGUCGUAUUGAAGCUGAUAAGCUACUGUAUCCAGUUUUGCUGUCAAAUGGGAAUCUCAUUGACCAAGGAGACUUAGAGGGAGGCAGACAUUAUGCACUUUGGGAGGACCCUUUCAAGAAGCCAUGCUAUCUGUUUGCAUUAGUUGCCGGACAGUUGGAGAGCAGAGAUGAUAUCUUCACAACUCGCUCAGGUCGAAAAGUCUCUCUCAGAAUAUGGACCCCUGCACAAGAUGUGUCAAAGACUGAGCAUGCAAUGUAUUCACUCAAGGCAGCUAUGAAGUGGGAUGAAGAUGUUUUUGGUCUUGAGUAUGAUCUUGAUCUCUUCAAUGUAGUUGCUGUUCCAGAUUUUAACAUGGGUGCUAUGGAAAAUAAAAGUUUAAAUAUUUUUAACUCUAGACUUGUUUUGGCAUCUCCUGAAACUGCAUCAGAUGCAGAUUAUGCCGCAAUUCUGGGUGUUAUUGGACACGAGUACUUCCACAACUGGACUGGCAACAGAGUUACAUGCCGUGAUUGGUUCCAACUGAGUCUAAAGGAAGGUCUCACUGUUUUUCGUGACCAGGAGUUUUCAUCUGAUAUGGGAAGUCGUGCAGUAAAGCGGAUUGCUGAUGUCUCAAAGCUUCGCACAUAUCAAUUCCCCCAGGAUGCUGGUCCAAUGGCUCAUCCUGUACGACCUCAUUCAUACAUUAAGAUGGAUAACUUCUAUACAGGCAAGUUUUAUCUUGUUGAAGAUAUAUGUUCAAAAAAACCUUCAUCAUUAUCUUUGUUAGUCUUGAUUUACCAGAGUAAUGAAAGAAUUAUCUGACUGCUUUUCUGCUUGUCUUCUCAUUUGCAGGUGUAUGAAAAGGGUGCUGAAGUUGUUAGGAUGUACAAAACAUUAUUGGGGACUCAAGGAUUUAGAAAAGGAAUGGAUCUUUACUUUAAAAGGCACGAUGGCCAAGCUGUUACUUGUGAAGAUUUCUAUGCUGCUAUGAGAGAUGCUAAUGAUGCAGAUUUUUCUAAUUUCUUAAUGUGGUAUUCACAAGCUGGGACACCUAAUCUGAGGGUUUCUUCUAAUUACAAUGCUGAAGCUGGUACUUUUUCAUUAAAGUUCAGUCAAGAGGUACCUCCAACCCCAGGGCAGCCAGAGAAAGAGCCUAUGUUCAUUCCUGUAGCUGUUGGUCUGUUGGACUCUAGCGGGCUUGACAUGCCUCUCUCUUCAGUAUAUCAUGAUGGGAAGUUAGAGUCUAUUGCAACUAAUGGCCAACCAGUCCACACAACAAUUCUUAGAGUUACAAAGAAAGAAGAAGAAUUUAUAUUCUGCGAUAUAACUCAGAAACCAGUUCCAUCUAUACUACGGGGUUACAGUGCUCCUAUUCGUCUUGACUCUGAUCUCACUGACAGUGAUCUGUUCUUCCUUCUUGCUCACGAUUCAGAUGAAUUUAACCGUUGGGAGGCCGGUCAGAUCCUGGCAAGAAAUCUCAUGCUUAGCCUAGUGGAUAGUUUCCAGCACAAUCGACCAUUGGUUCUUGAUCCAAAGUUUGUGAAUGGUCUCAAAAGCAUCCUUUGCGACCCAAGCUUAGAUAAGGAAUUUAUUGCAAAAGCUAUGACUCUGCCUGGUGAAGGGGAAAUAAUGGACAUGAUGAAAGUUGCUGACCCUGAUGCUGUUCAUUCAGUUCGAUCUUUCAUAAGAAAGCAGCUUGCUUCUGAACUGAGAGAAGAACUACUCAAUACGGUCAAAAACAACAGAAGUACGGAGAAGUACAUAUUUGACCAUGCAAAUAUGUCAAGACGAGCUCUCAAGAAUACUGCGCUUGCAUAUCUUGUUGCGCUUGAAGAUCAAGAAUAUACGGAGCUUGCUUUGCAUGAAUAUAAAACUGCUACAAAUAUGACUGAUCAAUUUGCUGCUCUGGCUGCCAUAGCGCAGAAUGCUGGUAAAACUCGUGAUGAAAUUCUUGCGGACUUCUACAACAAAUGGCAGCAUGACUACCUGGUUGUUAACAAGUGGUUUUCUCUUCAAGCCAUGUCCAAUAUUCCAGGGAAUGUCAAGAAUGUUCAAAGUCUAUUGAACCAUCCAGCAUUUGACCUGCGCAAUCCAAACAAGGUGUAUUCACUGAUCGGAGGAUUCUGUGGCUCGCCUGUCAAUUUCCAUGCAAAAGAUGGGUCAGGCUAUAGAUUCUUAGGGGAUCUGGUGGUGCAACUCGACAAACUGAAUCCCCAGGUGGCUUCCCGGAUGGUGUCAGCCUUCUCUAGGUGGAAGAGAUACGAUGAAACAAGACAAGGCCAUGCAAAGGCUCAACUGGAGAUGAUUGUGUCUGCUAAUGGACUUUCAGAAAAUGUGUAUGAAAUUGCCUCAAAGAGCUUAGCUCCUUGAAUAUCUCAAAAGCUCAUUUCUUAAAACAGGUUGGACUUGUUGAUUCAUCCUGAACUCUUGAUAUCAUAUUUUUGAUUGCAAAAGACGCUUUCUAAUAUCACACUUUUCAGAAUAAAAAUAUUUUGUCCCCAUGAUACUAUAGGCCCGGUGUGAUGUUAAACUCCUCUAUUAUAAUAAUGUAUUUCACUUUGUGAGAGUUA